AUGUUUCUGUUUAAAUUUGAAGCUUAUAAAGGAACCGGACAAGGUGGAACUAACUGUCCCAAGCUUGAUAUGUCCAAGUGUCCAUUUAAGAUGUGCGUGGAUCCUACAAGUGGAUGUCCAACCUGUGACUGUAAUAAAGCAGGUAAAGCACCAUCGACACAGGCUCCAACAACUACAACACUGGCUUCAACUACAACCACACCGGCUUCAACUACAACAUCACAGGCUCCAACCACUACCACACAGGCUCCAACUACAACCACACAGAUUCCAACUACAACCACACAAGCUCCAACUACAACCACACAGGCUAUAACUACAACGACACGGGCUCCAACUACUUCAACACAGGCUCCAACUACUACAACACAGGUUGCAACUACAACCAAACAGGCUCCAACUACUACAACAAAGGCUCCAACUACAACCACACAAGCUCCAACUACUACAAUACGAGCUACAACUACAUCUACACAGGCUACAACCACUACCUCACAGUCUCCAUCCACUUCCACACAGGUACCAACUACAACCACACAGGCUCCAACUACUACAACACAGGCUCCAACUACUACAACACAAGCUCCAACUACUACAACACAGGCUCCAACUACAACCACACAAGCUCAAACUACUACAACACAGUCUCCAACUACUAUAACACAGGCUCCAACUACUACAACACAGACUCCAACUACUACAACGCAAACUCCAACUACUACAACACAGGCUCCAACAACAACCACACAAGCUACAACUACUACAACACAGGCUCCAACUACAACCACACCAGUUCCAACUACAACAACACAGGCUCCAACUACUACAACACGGGCUCCAACUACAACCACACAGGCUCCAACCACUACCACACAGGCUCCAACCACUACAACACAAGCUCCAACUACUACGACACAGGCUCCAACAACAACCACACAAGCUACAACUACUACAACACAGGCUCCAACUACAUCCACACCAGUUCCAACUACAACAACACAGGCUCCAACUACUACAACACGGGCUCCAACUACAACCACACAGGCUACAACCACUACCACACAGGCUCCAACAACUACAACACAAGCUCCAACUACUACAACACAAGCUCCAACUACUACAACACGGGCUACAACUACUACCACACAUGCUACAACCACUACCACACAGGCUCCAACCACUACCACACAGAUAACAACUUCUAUGCAGGUUCCAGUGACAACAGCUAAGACUAUAGCUACAACUCCUAGUACUGUAGUACCGACUCAAAAGAAAACUACUUUUUCUCAAAAGAAGGUCACUAGUAUUAAGCCAAUAACAAAAGGAGCACCCCUUCCAUCAUCGAUUAGUACAAUCACUACACAGAAUGUUACAUCCACUUCACCAUACAGUGUAGAAACAACCACAGAUAAUUCAACAACAAGUUCAAUGACGACAACUACUAAAGCAACAACAACACCAACUGUUUUACCAACAACUACAACAGCUCUCGGUGGAUGUCCAUCUUACCCAGCUGAUUGUCCAAACGAGUGUAGCACAUAUGAUUUUAAUUUCUGUUUAGUUUGUGAUUAUUCUACUUGCAGUGUAUGA